AGAGGGGCGGCUGCUGUUGUUGCUAAAGGUUAGCCUCACAUUUAAAUCUCAAUUAUUUUAAAAUUAAUGUGUUGUCAUGUUGUUUUUAUAGAACGAAACCAGCAGUGUGUUUGAAAUAAAAGUGAAUUCGCUUCGCCACCAGUCUAAGCUGGGCUCAUCUUCACUGCAGCAGCAUGGCAGGAAGACGAGCUCUGAAGGCUGUCCUCAUUGACCUGAGUGGAACUCUGCACAUCGAGGACACAGCGGUUCCUGGAGCACAGGACGCACUGAACAGGUUACGACAGGCGCCUGUCGCUGUGAAAUUUGUCACCAACACGACCAAAGAGAGUAAGAGGCACUUACUGGAUCGACUGAGACGUCUCAACUUUGACGUUCAGGAAAAGGAGAUCUUCACAUCUCUGAGUGCAGCGAGGAGUCUGUUAGAGCAGAAACAACACAGGCCACUGCUGCUGGUGGAUGACAGCGCACUGGAGGACUUCACAGGUAUUGACACGUCAGAACCAAACGCUGUUGUCUUUGGACUCGCUCCCGAUCACUUCAACUACCAAACUCUCAACAAGGCUUUCAGAAUGAUUUUAGACGGCGCUCCUCUCAUUGCCAUUCAUAAGGCCCGUUACUACAAACGUAAAGACGGUUUGGCCCUCGGUCCUGGGCCCUUUGUGACGGGACUGGAGUAUGCCGCAGACUGUAAAGCUACUGUGGUGGGAAAACCAGAAAAGACCUUUUUCACACAGGCUCUGUCAGAUUUAGGCUGUAGUCCAGAUGAAGCGGUCAUGAUAGGAGAUGAUGCAAGAGAUGAUGUGAGUGGAGCUCAGAAUGUAGGGAUGCUGGGUAUUCUAGUCAGAACUGGUAAAUACAGAGAAGGCGACGAGAAUAAAAUCAACCCUCCUCCUCACCUGACCUGUGAUAGCUUCCCGGCUGCUGUUGAACACAUCCUGCAGAAGUUGCUAUGAGCGACAAGUAACAGCAGAACAUUCCGUUUUCUUUUAAAAAAUGCACUGAUUUGCACAGAACCAAGACCACACUCUAACCACACACAGUUAUCACUGGAGGAAGCGCUAAAAGGAUCCUCAUCAUCCUAAACACCUCAUCUUCCUCAUCAGCACGUGGUUCAUAGAACAUACGUGACAGUCUGGGUGUUUUUUUUUCUUGAUAUGUGUUUUUGUCCAUGUUUGUCUGUUCAUGAGCAAUAAAACUCAAAAAAGUAAACACUG